AUGAAAAUCAUUAUAGCAUAUUUUAUUUUUUUUACCCUAGUUAUUAAUGUAAAUACAUUACCACCAACUGAUAGAAAUCAUACUACACACAAUCCAUUUCGUCCAAAUUUUGGACCAGAAUUAGUUCAUCGUAAAUAUUUUUCCCCGUCAAUAAAAGAAUUUGGACAUAUAUUUAGGUCCCAAUUUCACUCUGGUGAUCCAAAAGAGAUAGCAAUUAAUUUUGUUGAAGAAUUGCAUCCGCAUUCUAAUUUUAUAAUAAAGAAUAUUUACCGAUCGGAGCAUACUAAUGUUACUCAUGUAUAUUUCAAACAAGUCAUAAAUGGUAUAACAGUUACUAAUGGCGAUUUAAAUAUAAACAUCGACAAGCAUGGAUCAAUCAUCAGUACUGGAGAUUCUUUUGCUUUACCUAAGUUCCGUCGUCCUCUUUCCAAACACAAAUUUAGGGGGAAUGCUGAACUUUAUAAUAUCAAUUUUGAUCCAAACCCCAUCAUCUCACCCUACGAGGCUCUAACAUCUUUUGCAAGUCUAUUAAACUUGCAAGCACCUGAAUAUGAUGAAUUGACAAUUUCAACUACAAAUUGGUUGAACGACGAACCUACAUUAUUAAUAUCAAAUGUAUCUUUUGCCCUGUCUGAUGUGGUUGUCAAGCAAUCCUAUCUUCAGCUAGAUACUGAUCAUCAACUACAAUUAAUCUGGGAAUUACAGAUUGAAAUGGAAAAUAACUGGUACCAUGCUCAUAUCGAUGCAUAUUAUGGCAAUCUAUUGUCUUUGAUAGAUUGGGUUUCAGAUGCUACUUAUAAUGUAUUCCCGUUAGGCCUAAAUGAUCCUUCCGAGGGAAGUCGAAAAUUAGUAACUGAUCCUAACGAUAUUAUUUCUUCUCCCUAUGGGUGGCAUUCUCAGGGCCCAAGAAAAAAUUUUACUACCACCAUCGGAAAUAAUGUUUAUGCUCACGAAAAUUUCAAUGGUGAAUGGGAUUGGGAGAAUAAUUAUCGUCCAGAUGGUGGCAAUGAUUUAUUAUUUGAUUAUCCACUUAAUUUGUCAAAUACUCCUAAAUCUUAUAUCGAUUCUGCUGUUUCCAAUUUAUUUUAUUGGAAUAAUAUGAUUCAUGAUCUAUUCUAUAGAUAUGGAUUUAAUGAAGUUGCCGGAAAUUUCCAAGAAAAUAAUUAUGGCAAAGGCGGCAAAGAUCAUGAUGCUGUCAUUGCUAAUGCUCAAGAUGGAUCUGGAUACAACAAUGCAAAUUUUGCCACGCCUCCUGAUGGUCAACAUGGUAAAAUGCGUAUGUAUGUUUGGGAUGUGGUUGACCCACUUAGAGAUGGUGAUUUAGAAGCCGGUAUCGUUAUUCAUGAAUAUUCUCAUGGUAUAUCAACCAGAUUAACAGGCGGACCAGCAAAUAGUGGUUGUUUAGGAUGGGGCGAAGCUGGUGGUAUGGGUGAAGGUUGGGGUGACUUUUUUGCGACUAUAUUACGUAUGAAAGAGGAAUAUAAUCGUAGUGUAGAAUUUGGUAUGGGUGAAUGGGCAAAUGGUGGUGAGGGUAUUAGGGCUUAUCCUGUAAGAUAUUGGGGUGUACAUGCUAAAGGUGCUGUAUGGGCUGGCAUUUUAUAUGAAGUUUAUUGGAACCUUGUUGACAAACUUGGGUUCACAUCAUCCUGGUUUCCACCAACAGAUGAAGAAGAUUAUAGUUGGUAUGAUAGAUCGACAAUUGACGGAUUUAAUACAAAUAAAAUUCCAAAGCAUGGAAACACAUUAUUUUUACAAUUAGUGGUUGAUGGUAUGAAACUUCAACCAUGUAGACCAACUUUUAUCAAUGCAAGAGAUGCAAUCUUGCAAGCUGAUGAAAUCUUAACUGGUGGGGCAAAUAAGUGCGAAAUCUGGAAAGGAUUCGCUAAACGUGGUUUGGGUGUCAAGGCUAAACUUGUUGGCGGUCCUGACUGGGGUGGUGUCAGAAAAGAAAAUUUUGAUGUUCCUACUUCUUGCUCUCACAUCUGUUAA